AUGGGAAUAUGGCCCUUCAAUUCUGAUGUUAUUAGUUCUAAUCAUCUGAAGCCCUUAAUAGCAACACAUAGAUUCAACCUACUAAGUCCUGAACAAACCACUCAUCUGCUUGUUAUACUAACUUUUUCUUCUUUACCUAGCUACAUUCCAAGUUACCUUGGCCUGACCUCUACAAAUAAAGAACUAUGGUCAGAGAUAGAUGCACUUAAUAAAAGAGUUGAAUAUUUGGAAACAAAACUAGAAUUCUUUAAAAAUCCUGGUACCAGUCCUUUGCAGCUGAUGCUUAAGUACCCUUCGCACCAUCAUUCGAAGCAGACACUCCUUACUAAUAAAGAGUCCUUACGUUCAUUGAAAGAAGCAGAAGAGAAGGCAGAAAGA